GCGCCGCGGUGUCUACCUGGCGCGUGGCUGGGGUCAAUUGUGAAAAAAGAAGAAUUUCGCUCUCUGCACGGAACGUCAACAGGAAGCAAGCAAGCAAGCCCUGUUUAGAAGCAACAACUUCUAGGCUCUACAUCUACGUCGUCUCUUCCAUGCACCUACAGAAAGUGAAGUCUGACCCAAAUCCGGUGGCAAGAGAGCAGGCUUCGUUCCAGGUACUGGAUGCUCCGAAAGGAAAGCCGCCUCAGCCAAUGCAUCCUCUGAGAAGUGUGAACCAGUGUUCCGCUUCCGUGGAACCAGCCAACCAUGUCGGUCCAAGAGGACCGCCGAUUGCUGGCCCCUUAAUACCGUUGCCCGGAACCAACACGGGUAGAUCCGCGGCUUGUGAAGUGAUUGCUUCGGCUCAAUCUCGCCCAUACACUGCAGCAACGAACCAACCUCGGUUGACGAAGAACGCGAGUAACAUUUCGCACGGCACUGAGAUGCAGUGCAACGUGCAUUCGCUCGAUGCUCUCACGACAUCCGACGAGGCACCGGCAACAUCCUGGUGGCCUCAACACUCGUUGGAAGAAGAGCCACCUCCCGUCCAGCCAAUCGUUCAUAUUGGAGACCGCGCAAUAGCCCCUGGAGAUAGGCGUGCUGCGUCUUAUUCAGCUCUUGAGCCAUCACAGCUGUUUUCAGGCAUGCCGUGCAAAGAGCAGGCAGCUGGAGAGCGAAUGAUGGCGGAAUUCACAGAGGCCGAGCUUCGCAGUUCCCGCGUGGUGGGGCAAGCGAUGCCCAAGGGAAUCCACGCAUUUCCUCUGAUGCACAGGAGUGGAAGUUUCAGCCGCAAGCAGCUUAGUCCCAAGGACUCCAAGACGACCAGCCCGCUAUUGGUGCUUACCUUCUGUAGCGGAUCGUGUGCAGUGGCGUUGGGCGUGACCCUGGUCCUCUUCCUGGCCAUGGCUGCCAUCAAGCGGCGACCGCCCGGCGCGCCCAACGUAUGCCAGAGCCACGCGUGCGCCGAGUUCUCUCGGCGCCUGCGCGAGUCGCUCAACGAGAGCGCGUGCCCGUGCACGAGCUUUACGAGCUUCGUCUGCGACGGCUGGCGCCAUGACCACAAGCUGAGCGUGCGCGAGGAAUCCUUCAAGGCGACGCUGGACAGGAUCUCCAGGCUCACAAGCGCGUUGUCCAACGAGCCGGACUUUCGCUCAGAGCCUGCAGACAGCACUUUUUUCAGGAGCUGCGAGUCCAUUCUCAAAGGUACCAGCGACGAAACAGCCGCCGUCGCGGAAGCCCUUCGCGAUGCUGGUAUUGUGUGGCCCCGUCGAGCGAGCGAGCCAGUAGACGCGCUGCAAGCAGUCUUUUACUCUUCCAUGAAGCUUCGCUGGAGCGCUGUUCUUCACGCGGAACUGAACGAACUAGAUGGCAAAACACACGUCUUACUGACGCCUGUGGAUGCAUUUGCCAUUCCUUUGGAAAAAGCACUCGCUCUUCGAGGUCAAGCCGUCGCGAAGUCGGACUACUUCGACUUGCUCAACAAAAAUUUCGGUGACUCGUCGACACGGGCUCAAAACAGCGUGAAGCUGGAGGAGACAAUCGAAGUGGAAGAGAAAUUUCUGAUGCCGCUAGACAAGGCGUUCCGGUCACCCAGCAGAAGGGACGUGCUAAGUACUCACUCCUUGUUCAUUCAAAAUGCGAACUUGACUAAGGAACGAUGGAGCGAAGUCCUUAAUGCGCACGGGGCAAACAUCAACCGCGAGGUGAUAUACUGGACAGAAAACGUGGAGUUCGUCGAAACGUUUUUUACACUUUGGUUGGAACACGGCGAAUGGGACGCGUUUCUGCUGCUUUCCUGGUGUACAGUGCAACUGGCUGCACUCUAUGCCAACAGGCAUUUAAUUGUCAACUACUACGGCGACGAGCACAAAGCAGCCAUCAUGCACGGAUCUUUCUGUCUGAGAAAGACAUACCUCAUCGCCGGCAAUGCUGCAUUCUUUUAUUAUCAUACGGACGUCCUCUUUCCGCGAUCCCGCACUUCCGCUGAAAGCUUGACGAUUGCCGUUCGCGAAGCCUUCCUUCGUCGUGUCGAGCGUUGGCGGUAUUACGACAAAAAUACAACCAUCGUAUCUGAGUGGAACUCGACAGCCCGCGUAUUUGCGGUAAUCGACGGCAAGUACGCCGUGCAAUCUACGAGCGAUGCCAAGCGACUCCCCAACAUGACCGCUUCCUUCGUGCAGAACUGGCAGAUAGCUGUCGUGCCAUACGCGCACUACGCUUCCAACAUGGUGUACGAUGCCAUAAGGCGCUUGCAACUCUACGCCGAAUUCAAAGACGAUUUCGUCCUACUUCCUUAUGCCUUCUCGUUUCCUCUAUACGCCGAGGAUGCCUCAAAUACGAUGAAUCUCGCCGGAGUUGGAAGGGAGAUGACUCUAGCUUUGGGUGAGCUGUUCCUGGAGGCGUACUCCACCUCGCGUAGCGCUCGCGAGGCAUUUGACGCGCUGAACGAGUGCCUGGAAGCGUCAGAUCCUGAGGCUUCACUACUGGAAUUUCUCACCUUGGACACGCUAAGCGAAGCACACAACCACCUCGGGUUUCAUGCUGGCCGGCGGCUCAUCAGCCUCGAGAAGUACAGCCCGUCUCAGCUUUUCUUUAUAGCAGCGUGCUACACGACAUGCCCGGGCAGUUUGGCUCGUGGUUCUCAUAAAAACUGUGACACCACCUUAAGACACCUGAAAAGCUUUUCGGAUGCCUUCCUCUGCUCAUUCGACACUACAACAGGACUGAAGAAGACGUGCUCUCUCUAGAAGUCAACUAGUAUCAAGCUUGCAGUUUGGUCGCUUGAAAUGAACCAAUGCGCCGGGAACAUUUAUUCUUGUGUAACGUGUGUAACCCUUGCAACUAAUUUAGCCCUUCGAGAGAUGACAUUUUUGUUGUACUCCAUAUUGGUGUGUAGAAGGACAUUAGGCAAUGUCCUCUUCUUGCACCCACGUAUUUCUCUAGGUAAGCGUCUCCGCGCGCAUCGUGCCCUGGCCCAACUUCCGUCUUGUAUCGAAAAACCUCUCACCGACAGGUAUAUGCUAGCCUUGAGCAGCGCUCUUCAUGCCAGGACACUGCUGAUUACAUCAAAGCCGCUUCUCAAUUGCAACCCGUGCUGUUGCGCUGUACAAGCGGAUGUGCACGUAUAUAAGUUAGACAUAUCACCGUCGUUGGCGGGAUCGCGCUCUUUAGUGUUUGCGGUUAUUCACCAACCUCAUAACUGUAUAUUUAUUGGGACCUCCUUCCCAAACAACACAAAAACGCUGCGCAUGCUCAAA